AUGGAAGAACAUAUCAUAUUAUAUUUUUCAUCCAAAAAUUAUGACCCUUUCAGUGAUGACAAAGAUGACAUUCUUGUUGAUAGUGCAGAUGGAGAAUAUGAUGAAGAACCACAACAGAACUUACCAUCCAACUCCCAGCGCAUACGAGCUGCGCCCAACGCAUACGAGCUGCGCCCAGCGGAUUUUGGCUGA